CGGGGCCGGGAUGCGCGACCGGGGCGGAAGCAGCAACUUGGCGGUAUCCACACGGCGUCCCCCUACGCUCAGCCGGCCGGGGUCGCGCCGGAGCCUGGCUCCCCGUGCGCCCGGGUCGGCCGGGGGUCCGAGUCCGAGUCCCUGGGCGUCCCUGCCCGAGUCCCUGGGCGUCCCUGCCGGCUCCGGCGGCCGAGGUCUCCGGCGUGUGCGUGCAGGAGCCGUAGGGACCGCGGCCUGGGUCCGGAUGUGGGGGUGCGGGCGUCUAGUCCUCCGCGCUCCCCUCGCCCCAACACUCUUCCGGAGCUGCAGGCCCUGGGUGGCCCUGUCCCCGGGAGAAGUGAGAACCUAAAGGCAGACCCAGAAGAGCUUUUUACAAAACUAGAGAAAAUUGGGAAGGGCUCCUUUGGAGAGGUGUUCAAAGGCAUUGACAAUCGGACUCAGAAAGUGGUUGCCAUAAAGAUCAUUGAUCUGGAAGAAGCUGAAGAUGAGAUAGAGGACAUUCAACAAGAAAUCACAGUGCUGAGUCAGUGUGACAGUCCAUAUGUAACCAAAUAUUAUGGAUCCUAUCUGAAGGAUACAAAAUUAUGGAUAAUAAUGGAAUAUCUUGGUGGAGGCUCCGCACUAGAUCUAUUAGAACCUGGCCCGUUAGAUGAAACCCAGAUCGCUACCAUAUUAAGAGAAAUACUGAAAGGACUCGAUUAUCUCCAUUCGGAGAAGAAAAUCCACAGAGACAUUAAAGCGGCCAACGUCCUGCUGUCUGAGCAUGGCGAGGUGAAGCUGGCGGACUUUGGCGUGGCUGGCCAGCUGACGGACACCCAGAUCAAAAGGAACACCUUCGUGGGCACCCCGUUCUGGAUGGCACCCGAGGUCAUCAAACAGUCGGCCUAUGACUCGAAGGCAGACAUCUGGUCCCUGGGCAUAACAGCUAUUGAACUUGCAAGAGGGGAACCACCUCAUUCCGAGCUGCACCCCAUGAAAGUUUUAUUCCUCAUUCCAAAGAACAACCCACCGACGUUGGAAGGAAACUACAGUAAACCCCUCAAGGAGUUUGUGGAGGCCUGUUUGAAUAAGGAGCCGAGCUUUAGACCCACUGCUAAGGAGUUAUUGAAGCACAAGUUUAUACUACGCAAUGCAAAGAAAACUUCCUACUUGACCGAGCUCAUCGACAGGUACAAGAGAUGGAAGGCGGAGCAGAGCCAUGACGACUCGAGCUCCGAGGAUUCCGACGCGGAAACAGAUGGCCAAGCCUCGGGGGGCAGCGAUUCUGGGGACUGGAUCUUCACAAUCCGAGAAAAAGAUCCCAAGAAUCUCGAGAAUGGAGCUCUUCAGCCAUCGGACUUGGACAGAAAUAAGAUGAAAGACAUCCCAAAGAGGCCUUUCUCUCAGUGUUUAUCUACAAUUAUUUCUCCUCUGUUUGCAGAGUUGAAGGAGAAGAGCCAGGCGUGUGGAGGGAACUUGGGGUCCAUUGAAGAGCUGCGAGGGGCCAUCUACCUAGCGGAGGAGGCGUGCCCUGGCAUCUCCGACACCAUGGUGGCCCAGCUCGUGCAGCGGCUCCAGAGAUACUCUCUAAGUGGUGGAGGAACUUCAUCCCACUGAAAUUCCUUUGGCAUUUGGGGUUUUGUUUUUCCUUUUUUCCUUCUUCAUCCUCCUCCUUUUUUAAAAGUCAAAGAGAGCCUUCGCUGACUCCACUGAAGAGGUGCGCCACUGGGGGCCACCCCAACGCCUGGCGCCCGUCCAGGGACACACACAGUCUUCACUGUGCUGCAGCCAGAUGAAGUCUCUCAGAUGGGUGGGGAGGGUCAGCUCCUUCCAGCGAUCAUUUUAUUUUAUUUUAUUUUAUUACUUUUGUUUUUAAUUUUAACCAUAGUGCACAUAUUCAAGGAAAGUGUCUUUAAAAACAAAAACAAACCCUGAAAUGUAUAUUUGGGAUUAUGAUAAGGCAACUAAAGACAUGAAACCUCAGGUAUCCUGCUUUAAGUUGAUAACUCCCUCUGGGAGCUGGAGAAUCGCUCUGGUGGAUGGGUGUACAGAUUUGUAUAUAAUGUCAUUUUUACAGAAACCCUUUCGGCGUGCAUAAGGAAUCACUGUGUACAAACUGGCCAAGUGCUUCUGUAGAUAACGUCAGUGGAGUAAAUAUUCGACAGGCCAUAACUUGAGUCUAUUGCCUUGCCUUUAUUACAUGUACAUUUUGAAUUCUGUGACCAGUGAUUUGGGUUUUAUUUUGUAUUUGCAGGGUUUGUCAUUAAUAAUUAAUGCCCCUCUCUUACAGAACACUCCUAUUUGUACCUCAACAAAUGCAAAUUUUCCUCUUGUUUGCCCUACGCCCCUUUUGGUACACCUAGAGGUUGAUUUCCUUUUUCAUUGAUGGUACUAUUUCUUAGUGUUUUAAAUUGGAACAUAUCUUGCCUCAUGAAGCUUUAAAUUAUAAUUUUCAGUUUCUCCCCAUGAAGCGCUCUCGUCUGACAUUUGUUUGGAAUCGUGCCACUGCUGGUCUGCGCCAGAUGUACCGUCCUUUCCAAUACGAUUUUCUGUUGCACCUUGUAGUGGAUUCUGCAUAUCAUCUUUCCCACCUAAAAAUGUCUGAAUGCUUACACAAAUAAAUUUUAUAACACGCUUA